GGCGCCCUCUCCCCUGCGAGCAGGCCACUCCGCUCCCGCCGCCCUUGUUAAUGGAUGCGACCCCCUGCCCCUGGCCCAGGAGGUGACAUUAGCUGCCUGCUACUGCUCUGAUAGCCAGACGCCRGGUACCACCAUGACUGAACGCUUUGACUGCCACUACUGCAAAGAGUCCUUGUUUGGUAACAAAUACAUCCUGAGAGAGGAGAGUCCCUACUGUGUGAAAUGCUACGAGAGCCUUUAUUCCAACACCUGCGAGGAAUGCAAAAAACCCAUCGGAGCUGACUGCAAGGAUCUGUCCUACAAGGACCGGCAYUGGCAUGAAUCCUGUUUCCACUGCUUCCAGUGCAAGAAUUCACUGGUGGACAAGCCCUUUGCUGCAAAAGAGGAGCAUCUACUUUGUACUGACUGCUACUCCAAUGAAUACUCUUCCAAAUGCAGCGAGUGCAAGAAGACUAUUAUGCCAGGCACUCGGAAGAUGGAGUACAAGGGCAGCAGCUGGCACGAGACCUGCUUCAUCUGCUACCGCUGCCAGCAGCCCAUCGGGACCAAGAGCUUCAUCCCGAAGGACAACCAGAACUUCUGCGUGCCCUGCUACGAGAAGCAGUUCGCCAUGCAGUGCGUCCAGUGCAAGAAGGCGAUCACCACGGGGGGCGUCACGUACCGGGAGCAGCCGUGGCACAAGGAGUGCUUCGUGUGCACGGGCUGCAAGAAGCAGCUCUCGGGGCAGCGCUUCACCUCCCGCGACGAGUUCGCCUACUGCCUGAGCUGCUUCUGCAGCCUCUACGCCAAGAAGUGCGCCGGCUGCACCAACCCCAUCAGCGGGCUCGGCGGCACCAAGUACAUCUCCUUUGAGGAACGGCAGUGGCACAACGACUGCUUCAACUGCAAGAAGUGCUCCCUCUCCUUGGUGGGACGCGGCUUCCUCACGGAAAGGGAUGACAUUCUCUGCCCUGAAUGUGGGAAGGAUAUUUAGGGCUGAAAGAGAGGGACGGAGCGGGGCACGCGGUGCCAGGAGGAAGCUGUGCCUGCAGUCUAUACUUUGGGGAGCUAGCUUUGGCCUUCUGUGUUUCCCUGUACCGUUCACAUCACUUAACCUUUCCCUGCAGCCUCUACAAAGCUGGAGGGAAAACGACUUCAAAAGCUCUAGCAGCAGUGCUGGUGUUUAAGAAUUGCUGUAGCUAACCAGAACUAACGCGAAACCCGAGAUAUAAAACCAUUUAGGUGUUACUGACUUGCUCUUCUCUACACUAAAUAUUCCAGUUUAAGCAUCUGAUUUAAUUUACAAGCGAGUGAUGCAGUUCAAGGAGGAUGACGACUACAAACAAAUCCGUAGAUACUCAGGAUGAAACCCUCCAGCCAUUGAAAUCAGUGGCAAACCCUCAGUUUCCAUAAGGCAAAGGUCUCACUUCAACAUCCUUGAGCUGUGUCACUAGUGUGUGCUGACAAGUGCAUAGAACGACUAAGAAUGUAGUGUGUUUUGCUGUACAAAUAAAUGUGCCAGGCUGUAAAGAUGAUGGAAAAAACAGCUCAAGUUGGAGUGCUGCAUAACAGAUGCCUGUUU